GUUCCCCUCUCCUCCGAUAGAUGCUGGGACAUCAAUGAGGACUCCCCCUAUUGGUGGAUCGUAAAAGGGCCAAUUGUUGUUUCUAUCGGGGUGAAUUUCAUCCUCUUUUUGAACAUCAUCAAAAUCCUGAUACAGAAACUGAACCCUCGUCUGAUCCAGUUCAAUAACUCUGACCACUACAGACGGCUGACUAAGUCAACCCUGCUCCUCAUCCCCCUCUUCGGGACCCCCUACAUGGUGUUUAACUUCCUACCUGACUACUUCAAUGUUAGCGUGCGCCUCUGGAUCGAGCUCUGCAUGGGGUCCUUUCAGGGGCUGAUUGUAGCGAUCCUCUACUGCUUUCUCAAUCAAGAGGUCCAAAAGGAAAUCCAUAUGAGGUGGCUGAGGUGGCAGGAUAACAGCUACGGAGUGGUUCUGCCCGGUGCCAAGGGAAGUCAGAUGGACACACAUUUCUAGUGCCACACUCUUCAUCCACCUCCCCCUCCUCCUUUCUCCAACCUCUAUAUGUGUGUCUUUCGGAGGGGUUGGAAUAAACCAGAAGUUUCCAUUGGACAACGGUCAUAUUCUUCUUCUAAUUCCUGUGGCCUCCACACAUUGCUUAUAUAUUUUUAGAAGGAGAGGGUGCUGUACAUUCUGUCCCUAAAGCAUACAAUGUCCUCUCUUCCCAUCAUCACAAUCUCAUUGCUAAAGGGACCACCACUGGGUUCAUCCAUUGUGUCCAGCUCAAGAUGAACUGUUGCAGCACUGUGAAAUGCCCUUCCUCCUCCUCAUCCUCCUCCUCCUCUUUCUUCUCUUCAGUAUCAUCUAUGGUUAAGUUACAGAGAAGCCUGUCUCUGAGGUACUAUACCAUCAAGGAUUAAUGAAGUGUUGAUAUUUUUUCUUAACAAAACAAAGUUCAAAAAUCUUUUAGACUGGAAAAUAGAGGGUUUUAUGUAUCAAAUGUGUCCCUGUUUUUCAUCUUUUAUGGGAAUAUUGUCUUAUAUGUUUGUAGCUUUCUCUCCGUGUUUCAGUAGGUCUGUGUGUUUUGCUCUCUCUCAUUCUCUGUGUGUGUUUUGCUCUCUCUCUUUCGCGUGUGCGCGUGCGUGUAUGCAUCCAUGUCCUAUUAUCCAAUGCUUUAGAUUCUGAAUACAGUAUUAGGUCCCCUGGAGGCCCUUUCAUUAGGCUUCUUGUGGCUAUUGAUGGGUAACGUGCAAUGUAUACAGGAGUAUUGUGUGUCGAAGACAAUUCUCCCCUGGAGGAUAUUAAAGUUCAUCCUAUCCUAUCCUUUCUUAUUGGCCGUAAGCAUGAGAAAUACACAUAUGUAUGGGCUACAGUUCAUCACCGCAGGAUAAUUCCUUAGCCUCUAGCAGUGUCAAGAAAUAUGAAAAAAUUGGACCAAUUCUGUUUGAAUAAAGCUGUGUGCUUUAAUGUGGGCUGAAUGUUCUGUUUGAAUAAAGCUGUGUGCUUUAA